AUGAUGCAGAAGCUGGAGUAUGAUGAAAGUUCUUGUCUCAACAAUCUUUCCAUUGGAUUUGAUGAAUUUUGUGGCAGGUCAUUGCAAUUACACGAAGCUCCUAUUCUUAAAACCUUGAAUCUCAAACUUCAUAAUCACUCUGAUUCCAUAGAUUCUCUGUUGUUUCCAAGUAUUCGUUCCACUCUCCUCAAAAUAUCAAUCACAUCUUCAAAUUCUGUUCGUUACACUCCUAUCAGCUUCUCUUAUAACCUUGAUGUCUUCAAAACACUCGUUGUGAUGAAACUCCAAGGCAAGAUUCUCUUGGAUGUUUCUGCUGAUUCUCCGGUUUGUUUCCCUUCCUUGAAAAGAUUGCACCUAACACGUGUGAGUUACUCGUGCGAUGAAUCUCUCUGUAGACUUUUAUCAGCUUGUCCUGUUCUUGAAGAUCUCUUCCUCGAAAGACUUUUCCGCACUAAUAUAUUGUUAACCAUAUCAGUCCCUUCCUUACAGAGAUUGAUUAUCGUUAAACAAGAUGGAUCUUUCUUCAACGAUGACCCGAUUUUCGAGAUAAAUGUUCCUUCUUUGCUUUACUUAAUGAUCGAUGAUUGCCAAGGUAGUUUCCAUUUCACCGGAGAUAUGCCUAAAUUGGUGGAGGCAAAAGUCUCAGUUUGUCAGUCUAAAAGUGGAAAGCUUCUCAAAUCUCUUGCUUCCGUUGAGCGUCUUUGGUUAAAUUUAUACGUUUCAAUGGUUACGCAUCUUACCGAUAGAUUCUACUUUGACCGGCUUCUUCAUCUGGAACUACACAUUUACCAAAACUUUAGGGCAAAUCUGCUUUUGCGUGUGCUCCAAGACUCCCCUAAACUGCAAGUUCUUAAACUUAACCAGACACAUUGUGUUUGGUUUGGAUUUAUUGAUGAACACCCUUGUCUUGUCUCUGAACCGAGCUCUGUUCCUGAAUGCUUGAGCUUCCAUCUCGAGACUCUUCAAUGGAUAGGUUAUGGUGGAAGUGAAACAGGGGAAGAGAAAGAAGCAGCCGUUUACAUUUUGAGAAACGCUCGUCGUUUAAAGAGUGCUUUGAUCUCUCUUCCAUGUACAGGCAUGAUGGAGAAUGAUAUGACCACGAUUAACGAGUUGCAAUCUAAGUCUAAGGCUUCAACCACGUGUCAGCUUGUAAUCCAACGCUCUAACGUUUUAUAG